GGUGAAGCUCCCAGCUGGUGGGCUCAAUCUCGGCAAGGGUAUCCUCAAGAGUUACAGACCUACUGUGAAUUGUUUGCCAACCUGCCAACAAAAGAGGACUUUAGUGCUGUUCCCUACAAUCAAGCUAUGAAAUGGGUGCAGUCAAAAGGAAUAUCCUUCUGUACACAUUGUGCUGCUGCUAUGUGAUCCCACAAUACCUUUGCACAGGACUUCACUCUCAGACUGUGAGAUUUUCAUCUCAAGUUGGUAUUCAUAGGGAGCAGCAGUCCAUGUGCCCUCAGAUCAGCGUCGGGGAGGAUCAUUUCCCAGGCUUUUAUAUUAUGUCCCAGUUCCACAUUGCUGAGCUGGCAAGAAGGGGCACUGUUAAAAAGGUUCCUGGAUCAUCUCCUCAGCAUGUUGCUUAUCAAAUAGGCCCAACCUUCAACUUCAGAAUCAACACGAGGUCAGCUUAUCCGCUGGGACUGCCAGAGGAGUUCGCAUUUGUGGCUGUUCUGCGCAUGAGUGGCCGCACCAUCAAUAAGAACUGGAAUAUCUGGCAAAUGCAGGAUGUGAAUGGCAAUGAACAUCUGGCCGUCAGGCUCAAUGGGGAGUCUAAGUCACUGGAGUUUACCUUCACAGCGUUGGACACCGGAGAGAGGCAGACAGUUGUCUUCAGCCCUCUGGCUUUUCUUUUCAAUGAGCAGUGGCACAAAGUCCUGCUUGACGUCAGCAGGGGCUCCGUGUCCCUUUUCGUGGACUGUGUCCUGAUCGGUUCUCAGAGUACACCACCCCGACAAAAAGUCAGUCUGGAUGGCUUCACGUUGAUAGGAAAGCUUAAGGACAACCCAGUGAUGGCAAUUCCGGUACGUUUCUUGUAGGACUGAGAACAACUUUUGCAAUUAAAGAAAUUAUAUAUAAUAGUUAUUAAUAUAAUAAUAUAAAUGUCUGAAAUCUUACAACAAUAAUAAAGUUCAGGCACUCUCAGAGUCCCAAAACGGCCCCUGGACAUCCCAGCAGUAAAUCAUCAAGGGCAGGAUAUGAUUAACUGUAGAUUUUACCAGUGUGGCAUAUUUUCUGACUCACUAACAUAUAAUGACAUUAUUAUUUCUCAUUAUUUAAAAAAUAUUGCUCCAAUUGUAUUGUUUCAUUCAUUUUUUUAUAAAGAGGAACCCCGUGUUUGUCUGUCCUUUCACAU